AGACCACUUCCGGGCCGGGCCCGCCAACGAUUCUUCUUAUCUUAGAAGGGAAAGAGAGAGGAGGGAGCCCAUCGUCAAAGCCAAUCCCCACACCCUCGUCGCCGGCGAAGACCCUAGCGAGCCAUGGAGAAUCGGUCUUACCACGGCGGCAUCGGCAGCGGCAGCAAGAACCCGCCGCCCUCUGGGAAGGAGGGCGAGUACGGGGGAGGGUACGACCGGCUGGACGAGGAGGUGGAGUUCCGGCUGCCGAGGGGCCACCGGCCGGUGGAGAACCUGGACACGGAGGGGCUGGAGCAGGCCUCCGUCGACACGCGGCUCGCCGCCUCCAACGUCGGCUUCAGGCUGCUGCAGAAGAUGGGAUGGAAGUCCGGCAAGGGCCUCGGCAAGAACGAGCAAGGUAUACUAGAGCCAAUAAAAGCUGGUAUCAGGGAUGCAAAAUUAGGAGUGGGGAAGCAAGAGCAGGAUGACUUCUUCACAGCUGAGGACAAUGUACAAAGAAAGAGAUUAAAUGUUGAACUUGAGGAGACUGAAGAGCAUAUUAAGAAGCGUGAGGUCACAGCAGAACGUGAGCAGAAAAUCCGCAGUGAGGUUAAGGAGAUACAGAAGACAUUCUUUUGCAACCUAUGUAAUAAGCAGUACAAGCUGGCAUAUGAAUUUGAGAGCCAUCUAAGCUCAUAUGACCAUAAUCAUAGGAAGAGGUUCAAGGAAAUGAAAGAGAUGCAAAGCGGCGGCAGUGGCAACCGUGAUGAUAGGCAGAAACGUGAGCAGCAGCGAGAAGAGAAGGAGCUGGCAAAAUUUGCCCAACUGGCAGAUGCUCAUAGAAAACAGCAGAAAGAGAAACAAGAACAACCAGAGAUCUCAGGAGAGCAAGCUACGCCAAAGAACAUGCCUACCCCGGGCAAUCAGGAUCAGCGUCGAACGUUGAAAUUUGGCUUCUCCAAAAUGACCCCUUCCAAGGCACCUGUUGGCAACAUGAGCAAGAAGCCAAAGAUUGCCACGAAAGUCCCUUCCGUCUUCGGAAACGACAGCGACGAGGAGGCAUGAUCUUCCUUUGCCGUCAGAUGAUACCUCACACAGGAGGGGAAUGCCGGCUUUCUCAGCAGAUUCCAGUGAGUCAUCCCUGAGAAGACGCCAUGCAUGUAAUGUGCCGCUGGUUUGACCAGAUGCGGAUAGCGGCAUCUUUGACAACCCCAUGAACAAACAGGGACUUGGACGUUGUGGUGUCAAUUGUAUUGAACUGAUGGUACACUGUAAGAGCAACUCUGUCUGUACUUCCACAUUGAUCAGAGUCUGGAAACUGGCUUGAGCCAUGGCAAGCUGGCAACUAGAAGAACAUGGCCCCCCUUUUGUUGGGGCACAUUUGUAUCA